GCGGCGUGUAGCGUGACCCGCACUCCUCCCCGCACUCCGCAGCACCAUCACACACACCGCGGCGCAACGGCACAACGGCAGCAGCACAAAGAGCCACGCGGACCCGGGCUGGAGACUGAGCGUGACAGACGAUGGUGAACCAGGUGCAGCGCGGUGACGGGAGCUGGGGCAGUCGCAGCGACUCCAGCGCCGCCAGUACCAGCGGGGGGGACAGCUCCAAAGACAGCUCCCGAUGUUCCACCCCGGUCCUGGACUCGGACCGCUCCGACCGCCUCAGGGACAAGAUGCGCCGCCGGAUCGACUCCGGAGACCACUGGUUCUCCCUGGAGUUCUUCCCCCCGCGCACGGCCAGCGGAGCGGUCAACCUCAUCUCCAGGUUUGACCGUAUGGGCUCCGGGGGGCCCCUGUUCAUCGACAUCACGUGGCACCCGGCGGGCGACCCCGGCUCCGAUAAGGAGACGUCGUCCAUGAUGAUCGCCAGCACCGCGGUCAACUACUGCGGCCUGGAGAGCGUCCUCCACCUCACCUGCUGCAACCAGAGCCGCGCCAACAUCAGCGCUCACCUGGCCAAAGCCAAACGCCUCGGCCUCAAGAACAUCAUGGCCCUCAGAGGAGACCCGGUGGGGGAGGACUGGGAGGAGGAGGAGGAAGGAUUCAACUACGCCGUGGAUCUGGUCAAACACAUCCGCUCGGAGUUCGACGAUUAUUUUGACAUCUGCGUCGCCGGGUACCCCACCGGGCACCCCGAGGCCGACAGUUACAAGGACGACCUGAGGCACCUGCAGGAGAAGGUGGCGGCAGGUGCAGACUUCGUCAUCACGCAGCUUUUCUUCAGAGCCGAGACCUUCCUGAAGUUUGAGGAGGACUGCAGGGCCAUCGGGAUCACCUGCCCCAUCCUGCCAGGGAUCUUCCCCAUACAGGGGUACCAGUCUCUGCGGCAGCUGGUCAAACUGUCCAAACUGGAAGUUCCAGAGGAGAUCACCAAAGUGAUCGAGCCCAUCAAAGACAACGACGCCGCCAUCAGGAACUACGGCAUCCACCAGGCGGUGGAGAUGUGCCGCGUGCUGCUCGACAGCGGGAAGGUCCCAGGGCUGCACUUCUACACUCUGAACAGAGAAGUCGCCACCAUGGAGGUGCUCAGGCAGCUCGGCCUGUGGCAGGAGGACCCCAGGCGUCCUCUGCCCUGGGCGGUCAGUGCUCAUCCCAAGAGGAAAGUGGAGGAUGUGCGUCCGAUCUUCUGGGCGUCCAGACCAAAGAGCUACAUCUACAGAACCCAGGACUGGGACGAGUUCCCCAACGGACGCUGGGGAAACUCGUCGUCUCCCGCCUUCGGGGAGCUGAACGAUUAUUACCUGUUCUACCUGAAGAGUAAAUCGUCCAGAGACGCUCUGCUGCAGAUGUGGGGGGAGGAGCUGCACAACGAGCAGAGCGUCUUCGAGGUCUUCACCAACUACAUCGCCGCUCUGCCCAACCGCCAAGGACACAAGGUUUUGUGUCUUCCCUGGAACGACGAGCCUCUGGCCCCGGAGACGAACCUGCUGAAGGACGAGCUGGAGAAGGUGAACCGCAGAGGAGUCCUGACCAUCAACUCUCAGCCCAACAUCAACGGGAAACCCUCCACGGACCCGGUCGUGGGCUGGGGGCCCCCGGGCGGAUACGUGUUCCAAAAGGCGUAUCUGGAGUUCUUCACGUCCAGCGAGAACGUCAACGCUCUGCUCAAAGUCCUGAAGAAGUACGAGCCCCGAGUCAACUACCACAUCGUCAACGUCCACGGCCGGAAUCUGACCAACGCUCCGGACAUGCAGCCCAACGCCGUCACGUGGGGCAUUUUCCCCGGACGUGAGAUCGUCCAGCCCACUGUGGUCGACCCGGUCAGCUUCAUGUCCUGGAAGGACGAGGCGUUCGCUCUGUGGAUCGAGCAGUGGGCCAAACUGUACGAGGACGAGUCUCCGUCUCGUAUCAUCAUCAAGUACAUCCACGAUAACUACUUCCUGGUGAAUCUGGUGGACAACGACUUCCCCCUGGACAACUGUCUGUGGCAGGUCCUGGACGACAUGUUUGAGCUGCUGCGCUCCGACACGGGGCCCCUGGACCUCGGGGACCUCGGGGAGCCUCAGGAGCCUCAGGAGCCUCAGGAGCCUCAGGAGCCCCGGGACGCCGCGCUGAGCCAGGGGGCGGGGUCUGAGUGAUGUUUGGUCGUGUGAGACUCAGAAACUCCAGGAGAAUGUUCGUCACAGAUGCACAAAUUUAACUCAGGGACUGAACACGGCCCCUGACCCUCUGACCCCCUGACCCCCUGACCCCCUGACCCUUCCUGACCCCCUCU